AUGGCGUUGGGGGUGCUGUCCGCCUUCCGGCGGUUGGCCGUCCAGUCUGCGUCGACUUCGGGCGAGGCUGGAUCAUCUUUGCCGCUUAAUUCAUUAAUUAGAAAUAAAUUGAAUGCAAUAUUUAACCGCGGCAGCCUCUCACCUCCUCAAAGGCCACUGGCAACGGCGGCCCCCCCACAGACGACAGCAACUGCUGCACCGGCUGCAGCAGCAGCAGCAGCAGGGCAGCAGCCGCAGUACCGCCGCGUGCCGUUUGUGCGUGAAGACCUCUCUCUGGUUAUGCAGGAGGUGCCUGACUUCAAGUACUAUUACAUCGGCAAUGAGGCGCCCUCCGCCUACCCUUACAAGGACGUGCCCAUGGACCAACCCAUACUUAAUCCGGAUCAGUUUCCUGAAUACGUCCAGCCCAGCGGCGCAGUUGAGUACUCCAAACUGGACAAUGGCCUUCGGAUUGCUUCUGUAGACAGAGGAGGUUUGGUUUCUUCUCUGGGUUUGUUCGUCAACACGGGGAGCCGCUGGGAAGAUGUGAGCAACAGCGGAGUGAGCCACAUGCUGCAGCUGCUCGCCUUCCAUUCAACUGCCCAUUUGUCGUUUUUGCGGACAAUCAAAACAAUAGAAGUUUUGGGAGCCUCUGCAGCUUGUGUGGCGGGCAGGGAGCAGAUCGUGUAUAGCGCCGAGUGCGUGCGCGAGAAGAUGCCUCUGUUGCUGCCGAUGUUGACUGGAAACGUCUUGUUUCCCCGUUUGCUGCCGUGGGAAAUAUCGGCAAACAAAAACAAACUGAUUCAAAUGAAGCAAAAAAUAGAAAGCCAGCCUGAUCAGUGUGUUUCUGAGAUGCUGCACCAAACUGCUUGGCAUAACAACACCCUGGGGCUUAAGCUCUUCGCCACAGAAAAAAGCCUCCAGCACUAUGACGCAAACACCAUUCGGCAGUUCAUACUCGACCACUUUUCCCCAGAAAACAUGGUAUGCGUGGGCGUGAACGUAAACCAUGAGGAAUUCAGCCGUUGGGUAAUGAGGGCCUUUGUAGACUACAAUGCUGUCCCAAACAAACCCCGAAAAUAUAUCCAGCCAAUAUAUACUGGAGGAGACAGCAGAGUUGAAGCGCUGGCGCCCCAUGCACAUAUUGCUGUGGCAUUUGAAACGCCUGGAGGCUGGAACGGGGGGGACUUGGUGACCUACAGCGUCCUGCAGACUCUCAUGGGAGGGGGCGGGGCCUUCAGUACUGGAGGCCCAGGAAAGGGUAUGUACACCCGGUUAUACCUGAACGUUUUGAACAAGUAUGACUGGGUCGAGAGCGCCAUGGCCUUCAACACGCAAUACACAGACACCGGCCUCUUUGGCCUUUACAUGCUGGCCAACCCGAACAAGGCCUCAAGUGCUGUAAAGGUGAUUGCCGAACAGUUUGCGGGAAUGACACGUGUGACUGCCGAGGAGCUGCAGAGAGCCAAAAACUCAAUAAAGAGUUCCAUUUACAUGAACUUAGAAAACAGAGGCAUUGUUAUGGAAGACAUAGGCCGCCAGUUGCUGAUGAGCGGUCGCGUAAUAUCCCCUGCUGAGUUUUGCCGAGCUAUCGACAACGUGAAGGAGGCAGACAUAAGGAGGGUAGCAGAAAAGAUGUUCUCGAAGCCUCCCACUGUGGUGGCUUACGGCGACAUCUGCUCAGUGCCUCACUAUGAGGAAAUACGGGCUGCGCUGCGCGCAGCAGGAGUUGGAAAGUAG